AUGAAGCAGUUCAAAGUGAUUAUCGAGAAGCACCCGGAAGGAUAUGUAGCCUAUCCUUUGGGUCUAAAAGGAGUCGUGGUUGGACAAGGCGACACCUACGACGAGGCGCUGACUGAUGUGAAAUCCGCAAUCAAGUUUCACAUGGAAACCUUCGGAGAUGAUGAACUGGCGGAAGAUUCACCGAUACUUGAAGCCUUUGUAGCCGAAGCAGAAGUUAAUGUUUGA